AUGUUUCGGAGUCGCAGUUGGUUUGGUGGUGGUCUGUGGAAACCCAAAAAUCCACAUUCGCUUGAGCAUCUCAAAUAUCUUUAUAAUGUCUUAUCGAAAAAUCAAACAGUGUCUGACAACAAUAGAGGUCUACUUGUUGAAACUCUCAGAUGUAUUGCUGAAAUUUUAAUCUGGGGAGAUCAAAAUGAUAGCAGUGUCUUCGACUUUUUUUUAGAAAAAAAUAUGCUAUCAUUUUUUCUUAGGAUAAUGAAACAAAAAUGUGGUAGUUAUGUCUGUGUUCAACUUCUUCAAACGCUCAAUAUAUUAUUUGAAAAUAUAAGAAAUGAAACAUCUCUGUAUUAUUUAUUGAGUAACAAUCAUGUAAAUAGCAUAAUCGUGCACAAAUUUGACUUUAGCGACGAAGAAGUAAUGGCUUACUACAUAAGUUUUCUAAAGACAUUAAGUUUAAAAUUGAAUGCACAUACCAUUCAUUUUUUUUAUAACGAGGUAAACAAGCAUACAAAUGACUUUCCAUUGUACACCGAAGCCAUUAAAUUCUUCAACCACUCUGAGGGGAUGGUAAGAAUAGCUGUACGUACACUGACAUUGAAUGUGUACCGCGUAGAAGAUGCUUCGAUGCUCGCUUUUAUACGUGACCGCACAGCGGCUCCUUAUUUUAGUAAUUUAGUUUGGUUUAUCGGAAAUCAUAUCAUUGAACUUGAUACAUGUGUUCGAAAUGACGCAGACCAUCAAAGUCAAAAUAGAUUAGCGGAUUUGGUAGCAGAACAUUUAGACCACUUACAUUAUUUAAACGACAUUCUUUGUCUGAAUAUCGAGGACUUGAACGCAGUGUUAUCAGAGCACUUGCUUCAUAAAUUACUAGUUCCUUUGUACGUUUACUCGCUGACUAAAUCAAAGAAUCUAUCAAGCCACUCAACCCAAGAAGAACGCAAACAUGUCAGCGUGGUCGUAUCACUUUUUCUACUGUCUCAAGUAUUUUUAAUCGUCUCGCACGGACCUCUAGUAUGUACCCUAGCGUCAGUGAUCCUGAAAUCCGACUCUGUGAUAAUCGAAAACGGAGCAAGUAGAAUGUUAGAAGAGUAUGAUCUCAAGACUGAUAAGUCAAUAGCUUUUGCACCACCCAUUGAAAGCUUGGAGAAGUCAUUAGAAAGUUUGAGUGGAAUUUCCGAGGCCCAGAGUCCGACUAUCGAUGUGGUUUCAUCCAAUGAUUCGCCACCAUUGAGUUGUACGAGUGAAGAACUUCCAGAGUCGUCGGAUUCAGAUAUCGUGAAGCUCGAUAAUUUGGAUGAUAAAAUAAAGCAUCUGAAUGUUACGGAUGAAGAAAAGGAGAGGUUGGCUCUCGAGAGUCCCGUGUCUUCUAAAAUUCCAGAAGGAUUGUCCAAUGGGCCCGUUGUAUCUAGACCUUUUCUUGAUACUAUUCUCAGCUCGUUGCAAUGUACAGAAAAUGACUACGCGGCGCUUUUUGGACUUUGUUUACUUUACGCUCUUAUCAGUAAUGAGAGUGUUAAUGAUGAAACGCUUGAUUUUUUGUUAAGUCGUCGACAAAAAGAAAUGUCUAAUAGCUGGUAUAAUGAGACACUAGUAGAAAAAUUAAUUAAUGUUAUUUCAAUGAGUUGCCAAAACAACGCCAAAAUACGACUUGUAACGUUGGAGUUGUGUGUUAAAUUAUUAUUGAAAAUCGUUAUGUCUGAUGGACAAAGUUUGUUAUGUGAUGCACAUUUAGCAGCAAUUGAAUCUGCAAGAGAGCAGAGUACUGCGUUGUUAAGAAAUUUUUAUAAAAGUGAAGAUAUCUUUUUGGAUAUGUUUGAAGAUGAAUACGUUGAAGUGCAAAAAAAACCAUUGAACGUUGAAUGGUUGAUGAUGGACAGUAAUAUUUUAUUGCCACCAACUGGUACUCCAAUGACUGGGAUUGAGUUCACGAAGCGACUACCUUGCGGCGAGGUCGAGAGAGCUCGCCGAGCAAUCCGAGUGUUUUUUAUAAUCCGCGAACUGUCAUUGACACUGAAUAAAGAGACAGAAACACAAUUACCACUUACUAACCCGGCGAAUUGUGUCCAGGUUAACAACGUUCUUGACCUAAGUAAAAGUUAUUCCCAUAACAGUGAUUUGAUCGCUUGCACAGUGGUCUGGAAAGACGGACAAAAGAUAAGACGGUUUUUGGUAAUUGAUGUUAUUCAAUUGAUUCUUGUGGAACCUGAUACGAGAAAAUUAGGAUGGGGUGUAGCGAAAUUAGUGGGAUUUCUUCAGGAUAUCGAAGUCGCUGGCGACAAAGAUGAUUCUAGGUGUCUUCAUUUGACGAUUCAUAAACCAAGCAGUAGUUCUACCAACAAGCUACCUCUUCUUUCGGCAAAGUUUAUUUUUGAUGAUCAUAUUCGAUCCCGGCUUUUGGACAUUCCAACAAACCUCCCAAGCUGUUCAACUCCCCCAAAUUACGCUCUAUUUGGUAUUCGUAAUGAACGAAUGGCUGGAAGAGGUCAGCGACCUAAGGAUCAACCACGACCAAUGUUUAUGGUUAACAAAGUGCCAGGAUUUGCUGCGCAAAUGCGCAAAGAAACGCCGAGAGCUCGGCGUGAAGAUGCCAGCCCGAGUGGAAGGUCUCAAGACAGUAGUUUGAGGUCUCGUGACAGCUCCCCAAAGAUGCCGAGACCUCGCAGCGAAGAGAUUCCCCUAGAAGAUAUGCGGCUGAGAAAAUCCUCGCUGACUGUCAACGGGUCCGCUAGUUCCUCUGAUAGGGACGAAAUACCUGUGUUAAAUUUAUCAAUUAAUAGCGAAUCAGCUGUGAUGAAUAAACAUUCUGAAGAAACUUCGUUCACUUCACCGCAAAGUCAACAAAUUAAAAAAAGUCGUCGGAAAGGUCAAGUAGAGACUGUGUAA